AUGGCGGACCACCCGGACGCCAUUGAACGACCUGAUGACCCCGGCGAUGAACCCGCUCAUCGUUCGCCAAUUGAUCUGUCCGCGGCCGUUACCGGGCUGGAUCUGCUAUUCUCCAACUUAGCGGCAGUAGAUAACCAUGGAAAGGCGCCUGCAGUCGCGCCGACCGUCGAUGUUCCAUUUGAACCCAUCGACGAGCCUCUGUGUCCCUCCCCUACUGCGCCCGUGUUGGAGCAAGACAGCUCCAACCCUUCAGGUGAAGAAAUCGCGGCGGUGCCAGUGGCUAAGAAGUCCGCCAGGUACACGCAGUCAACGCUGCCGUGGCCCAAGAAGGGAGGUCCCGCUGGCUACGCUGGACCGUGUGGGAGAGGCGGAAAGGGCGCCACAGACGUUCAGACGCAGGCGUUCAAACGGCAUGCGGCAACUACCAAGCACAAGGAGGCGUUGAAACACCAGCAGAAGCUUCUCGACGACGUCGCUACGCAGCCACGGAUCAACGGCGACAAUCUCGCUCGCGACACGGAGAAGGAGCGGGUCGUCAAGCUCCUCGACUCCCUGCUCUUCGUGACCAAGCAAGAUGCACCCAUAGAGUUAUGGGUGAAUCUUGUGCGCUACCUCGCGCGACUCAAGGGAUCCACGACGUCCGCUGGCUCUCCCGCGGGUGACGCCAUUCUGCGCGCGGUAGAGGUCUUCCCCGCGCUGAUCGUGAUGCUGUAUGAGUGGGACAUCACCCUCUACGAGCUCGCCACGAGCUACAGGUUUCACUUUCUGCUAUACUUCCUUGCAGACGUCCUCGAGCAGCUCAAUGUGCUGAACAGGGCAUUCCAGCAGCGUGAGCUGGACAUUGCAAGUGUCCACGGGCAGAUCCGCCGGUCGAUUUCAUUCCUAGAGUCCCGCUACGUCGACUGUGGUGACGACUUUGGAGGCGGGGUGAGCGCGCGCCUCUCCCCGUUCAUCAAGAAGCACGGGCCUGAGGGGGGCAAUCCCGAGGUGAAGGUGCAGGGAGUCGACUCGGACGGGCGGCCCACGACACACACCUUCGAGCUGCACGAGAAGCCGAGCGAAGACUACCCGACCCUCGGCUCCCACGACGCCUGCGUCGAUCUCUGCACCACCUUCGCCGAGACGCUCGUGCAAAACCUCAGCACACGGUUCCAGGACCUGGACUCCCUGGUGGGAGUGCGGCUGUUCAUGCCUGACGAGUGGGAGCUGGGGAGAGCAGAGCGCCACAGGCAGUGUCUCGAGUGGCUCGAGUCUCUCGUGAGGCUGUUCAGGGCACAGGACACGGACUACAUCAUUCCAGGGGUCGACAAGCGGCGUGCGAUCAAGGAGCUGCGGGCCUUCUGCCCCAUCCUCGCAGUCUCCUUUCACUCAUCGCUGCGCCGUGCGUCGCUUCACUCCAUCUCGGUUCUCAUCGCCUCGCUCUUGCUUGGAUCCGCCACCGCAGCAGCGGCAAGCCGCAGUGCAGAGCCGUCGGCGCGGGUGCGGGCCGCCGCAUCACGCGCUCACCACGCUGCCGCAGCGCGCAGCCUCACCUUCCCCUCGCCAAUCGCCCCGCCUCUCGUCGCCAUGGCGCGCGGCCCGCGUUCCGCCCUUCAAGCCGGCCUCGCCACGGCCCUCGCUGCCGUCGUCGCACUCGCGCUCCUCACCGCCGCCAGCGUUGACGCUGUAUGCGAUUCGAUGGUGUCAUUCGAAGAUCAGUACUUGUUGAUCAGAAAUUGUGUAUGCGAAGACGUGGAUCGGAGCGUGUUCGCGGAUGGAAGCAACGUCAACGCGCAGAUCGACUGGCAGGGCAUGCUUGGUGCUGAGCGCAGGUGCAGCAGCAUCUCCUUCCACUCCGCGCCGGGCUGCGGGGCAAGCCCCUACGAGACGAUCCUGCGUCCCCCGCCGGAUUGGGCUGUUUUGGACUUUGCCUCCAGUCAGUGGUGA